AUGCAAGAUUUUGAAAACCAGAAAAAAAAUACCAACGAUGAAAAUGUGCAAUAUCUUGACUUCCAGCAACCCUCUGGUUCCUCUGAAAAUGAAAUUGGUGUUCAGCAAAAGGGAGGUAAUACCGAUACCGAGGUGGAAAGAAAUUUAGAAAAUAUUAAGUUUGAGUUUGAGAAAUAUGUUGACGUGGGCUUGUGGCCAGAUUUGCUGAAUAAUGAUUUUAUUAAUUUCGUCCUCUCACAUGAAAUGACUGACUUUCAAAAUAAAGAUCCGAAGAAUAAAUAUACAGCUUCAAUGAAGAAAUAUAAAGAACAAAACAGAUCUUUUUCAAAUAGGUAUUUCACUAGAAAAAUAAAAAAUGGCCAAUUACUGGAAAGAUCUUGGUUAUGUUAUUCAAAAAGGGUUGGUACUGUUUUUUGUUUGACUUGCAAACUUUUUUCUAAAACUCCUUCUCAAUACACAACCGGAUUUUCUGAUUGGAAACACAUAGGAUUUUGUUUAGAAAAUCACGAAAAUUCUAAUGAACAUAAGAAUUCAAUGUUAGUGUGGUUGACACGAAAAGAAAAUAAGUCUGUUUUAGACAAGCAGCUUCAGGAGCAAUUAAAUAAAGAAACAGAAUAUUAUCACAAUGUCCUAAAACGGGUUAUUGCAGUGCUAAAAUUUCUGAGUAUAAGAGGCUUAGCACUUAGAGGUUCCGAGGAAGUAUUUGGUUCUCCACAUAAUGGUAAUUUUAUGGGUGCUCUAGAGCUAUUGGCAGAAUUCGACCCAUUCAUACGUGAACAUAUUGAACAACGAAAGCUGCGACCAAACCCUGUAAUAUCAUAUUUAUCAAAAACAGUAUAUGAGGAAAUAAUUGAGAUUAUGGGUAAACAGAUAAUUAAACAAAUUAUAACUGAAAUAAAUAACGACGACACAAAGUAUUAUUCAAUUAUGAUGGAUUCAACCCCAGAUCUGUCUCACGAUGACCAACUUGCUAUUGUAUUACGAUACUGUUUUCGGGGAAAAGUGUAUGAAAGAUGUGUAUCUUUCAUUAAAAUUAGUAGUCAUACUGGCUUAUAUUUAUUUAAUAUUCUACAAGCCUUUUUGGAAACAAAUGGACUACUACUGGAUAAUUGCAGGGGACAGUCAUAUGACAACGCUGCUAAUAUGGCCGGAGUCUACAAUGGUGUACAAGCACUACUAAAAGAAAAAAAAAAAUCCGCGGAUUACGUGCCAUGUGCUGCGCAUUCCCUUAACCUAGUUGGUCAAGAAUCCGUGAAGGUUGCAACCGAAAUUGUAAAUUUUUUUGGAAUAGUGCAACAAAUAUACGUUUUCUUCUCUGCUUCGACCCAUAGGUGGGAACUGUUAAAUCGUGAAACAAAACUAAAAUUUACGUUAAAAAGUUUAAGCCAGACCAGAUGGUCUUGUCACUUUGAUGCUGUCAGAGCUUUGAAAAGUAAUUAUGAUGGCAUUAUGAAAAUUCUCAAUAGUUUCGGCGAAAAUGACGAUGAAAAAGUUGAUUUCCGAAAAGAGGCACGAAAUUUAUUUAAUAAACUGGCGAAACUAGAAACUGCAAUUUUGAUUGUUUUUUGGGAAGAAAUUUUGGAGAGAUUUAAUGUAGUUAAUAAAAAAGUACAGAGCCCUGGUUUAGACAUUGGUGAAGGCAAUAAGUUAAUUGUGUCAUUAAAAGAGUUCGUGAAAAACAUAUGGCAACAAUCAGAUCAGAAGCUAAAGGAAUACGAAGAGAAAGCUAAAAAAUUAAGUACUAGUUUGGGAACAGACUACAGUGACAUAAAUAAGAGACGCAUUACUUUGAAAUUUUCAGAUAAAUCUACAGAUAAAGUCUCAGUGAACUGCGCAGAAAAAUUUAAAAGAGACACGCUUAACGUUGCGUUGGAUAAGAUGAUUAUGGAUUUAAAUAAUAGAAGCCAAGCCUAUGAGACCUAUAGCAAAAAAUUUAAAUUUUUAAUGGAUUUGCAAGACAAAAAUCAAGAACACAUAGAUCUGGAAAGUGUACGUAAUAUUAUUGAUUAUUAUCCAAAUGACGUAGACGAACAUUUAGUGAAUGAGUGCAUUCAGUUGAAAUCUUACUUACUGCAAUCUAAGACAGAGUCUUACACCUCUUGCAGUGAAAUUUUUUGGCUAAUUUAUGAAAAGAAACUUGUUGAUGUUUUCCCAAACUGCUAUACUAUCUUAAAGAUUUUUUUAACGAUGCCGAUCACUAGCUGUGAAGCGGUGCGUUCUUUCUCCAGGAUGUCGUAUAUAGAAAACAAAUACAGGACAACAAUGUCGAACUAUCGACUAAAUCAUUUAUCAGUUCUUUCGAUAAAUUGCGAUUUAACAAAGGACCUACAGUGCGAUGACCAAAUAAAAGAAUUUGCAGCACAAAAAUGCAGAAAGGUUGCUUUAUAA